ACCAGCAUAAUGAAAUAGCUGGAAAAUCAAAGUUUGUAGUUAAUGCUAAAGAUUUAAGAAAGGAGAUAUUAUCCGAAACAGAAGUUGAUGAUAGUAAGGUUAAACUUAUUAAGGUUAUAGCAUCCAAUAUAUGCGUACUCGGUCUCGACGAAGAAGAUCUUCCAAGAUCUUCAAUAUCUGUUACGCUAGUCAGUAUAGUAUCGGAUAAUCCAGAAAUUAGUGAUGACAAAAUUACCUUAAAUAUCACCGCCAGAGAAUAUCUUAACGAUCAGCUUAAUGGCUCUCUUUUGUUUAAUUUAUAUCACUUUCCGGAAGAAGCUCACUUGCUUUCAAUUUCUACAAAAGCUUCGCGUGGUUCCUCUUUAUUUAUCACUGGCUACUUAUCAUUUAUUGAAGACCUUUUACUCGUCAAAAUUACACAAAUUAAUUUCAUAGAAUCAUCCUCCUCACUAUCGUAUAAACCUUCUAAUUAUGCUUGGGAAAAAAAACAUACAAAUGAACAACCUUCUUCAUCA